AUUACUCUCUCUCUUUCACAUCUCCCAAACCUUACAUGAUCUAGGGUUAGGGUUUCGCUCUCUAUCAGUGUCUCCAGCCCCAGAAAACCAAAACCCCUGAUUUUAAGAUGAUGCAGCAACCAGCACCCGGAGUGGUUCCACCACCAAUGGCUCCACCACCGUCCAUGGCGGCAGCUCCACAGACCCAGCAACAGUACCAAUACCAGCAACCGCCACCGCCUCCUCAGCCGCAACAACCUUACAUGAUGAUGAACAUGAUGCCACCUCAGAGCCAGCCUACACCCAUGUGGCCCCAGCAACAAGGUUCGGCUCCGGUGCCAGGUCAGCAACAGCAGGCGGGUCAAGCGGGUCAACCCGCCAGCGCCGAUGAGGUUCGGACUUUGUGGAUCGGAGAUUUGCAGUAUUAUAUGGAUGAGAAUUAUCUCUUGAGCUGUUUUGCCCAAACGGGAGAGGUUGUUUCAGUGAAAGUUAUCCGUAACAAGCAAACAGGCCAAGUGGAGGGUUAUGGGUUCAUUGAGUUUGUUUCACGUGCUGCUGCUGAGAGAGUUUUGCAAACAUACAAUGGUACACCAAUGCCGAAUGGUGAGAAUAACUACAGGUUGAACUGGGCAUCAUUUAGUUCAGGCGAGAGGCGAGAUGAAACCCCUGACUUUACAAUUUUUGUUGGAGACUUGGCGGCUGAUGUUACAGAUUACAUGCUUCAAGAGACUUUCAGGGCGCGCUUCCCCUCUGUGAAGGGUGCAAAGGUUGUAAUUGAUAGGCUCACUGGACGUACAAAAGGUUAUGGGUUUGUUAGGUUUGGAGAUGAAGCUGAACACAAUCGUGCUAUGACGGAGAUGAAUGGCGUAUUUUGUUCAACUAGGCCUAUGCGUACAGGACCAGCUACUAACAAGAAGACUAUUACUGCACAACAAUAUCCAAAAGCUUCAUCUCAAGGGGCUCAGAACGAGAAUGAUCCGAAUAACACAACUAUAUUUGUCGGUAAUUUGGAUUCUAAUGUGACGGAUGACCAUUUGAGAGAGGUUUUCAGCCCAUAUGGUCAGUUGGUGCAUGUGAAGAUACCACAAAACAAACGAUGUGGAUUUGUUCAAUUUGCUGAUAGGAGCUGUGCAGAAGAAGCACUGCGAAUGCUAAAUGGGACUCAGUUGGGAGGACAAAGUAUUAGGCUUUCAUGGGGCCGUAGCACAUCAAACAAACAGCCCCAAGCAGAUCCAAACCCGUGGAAUGGGGGAUAUUAUGGGUAUGCUCAAGGAUACGAUUAUGGCUAUGCUGCUGCUCCCCAAGACCCCAACAUGUACUAUGGAGGAUACCCUGGGUAUGGAAAUUAUCAACAACCUCAGCAGCAGCAACAACAAGUCGGAUAUAGUUAAAAGUGCUACUUUGUUAUUUAUGGCUGUUUUAUGUUUACUAGUAUGGUGAACUUACGUUACUUGAUCUCUCCUUGUUUCUCACUUGGGGGAAUAAAUUCAGGCUGUGUUAUUCUCUCUGCUAAUAGCAUAUGCACUGUAUAACUCUCCUUUAUCACAAAAUUUUGCACUAUUCUUGGGUGUUUAGCUUUAGCCGUUAUCAGAUACUGUUGCUUUUGUGUUA